CCACAGUGAGGACAUCUCAGAGCAGGCAACAUCCCCAACUGUCAGGCCACAGCAGGGACCGUAGGCUGGAAGAUCCUCCUCCGUCCUCUUCAACCUCCCCGUUGCUCCUCGAGACUCCGGUCCGGUCGAGUCGUCUCGCGCCGCAGACAUGGCACCUGUCCUCCGAGUCCUGGCCGCUGCCAUGUUCGCCUCAGCUCUGCUGCUGACUGCGACGUCGGCCAAUCUGAACGAAACUAUCUAUGCAGUGACUGUUAGCUCCCGUGUGACUGGAGGGAAACAGGAGACCCUGUGUGCUCACGUCCAGAACCCCUCUGAACGCCUCUCUCUCGCCGUCUCCCUGACUGUGGAUUCCACCAGCAGCGUCAUCCUGGAGGCGACCGUCUCUGAGGAGUUCUAUCACUGCCUCGGCUUCCAGGUGCCCGCCGUACCGAUCAGGACGGUAGCAGUCAUCCAGGUGACCCUGGCGGGUGAGAGCGCCUCCAUGAUCAAGAAGACCAAAAUCGCCAUCGAGCCGCCCGGCUUCAUCCACAUUGUGCAGACUGACAAACCCAUAUACAAACCUGGACAGACCGUCAAAUUCCGGUUUGUCUCUUUGGAUGCCAGUUUCAUCCCUGUGGUUCGAGUGUACAAAGAGGUGGUACUCCAGGAUCCCAAUUCAAACCGCAUCGCCCAGUGGCUGAAUCAGACGAUCAGUGGCGGCAUCCUGGACCUGUCACACACCUCGAUCCCCGAGGCCACUCAGGGAACUUACACCAUCAGAGUUGUGACAGACAAAGAGGAGGAGCUCUCCCACACAUUCGACAUCAAGGAGUACGUUUUGCCAAAGUUUGAGGUAAAAGUGGACCUGCCCAGUGUGAUCACCGUCCUGGACACAACAACCACAUUCAAGAUCUGUGGAAAAUAUACUUAUGGGAAACCUGUUCUUGGUAGAGUUAAAGCCGAGUUUUGUAGGAAAUACUUUCUAUUUUUCUGGCGUUCAGAAGAGCCAAACAACGACAUUUGCAAGAACUUUGAUUUGACUCUGGAUAAAAGUGGAUGUGCCUCAGAAACUCUGAGCUUGGCAGAGUUUGCUCUAAACAAGUUCUCAUAUUCUGACCGUUUUGAGCUAAAUGCUGAGUUGGAGGAGGAUGGAACAGGGGUGGUUCUUAAAGGCUCAGGAACGGCCAGCCUGAGCAGUCAGAUCAGAACUAUCACCUUCGAGGACGUACCUGGAGCAUACAAGCCUGGCAUACCAUUUGAAGGAAAGAUCAAGCUGGUCGGCCCAGAUAGUCAACCUGUUGCCAAUGAGCUGCUUUAUCUGUUUGUUGAAGACUCCAAGAAAAUGAUGCUCACGACAGACGCAAAAGGCAUUUCUCAGUUUUCUCUGGACACGUCUGAGUGGAAGGGCUCUGUCUCUCUCAAGGUUCUCACUAAGGAUACAAAGGAGAACGAACCUUAUGUUGCCAACUUACGGCGGCCAGACUACGGAUUGGCCUACCAGUUCGUCUCACCAGCUUAUUCCAAGAGCAAUAGUUUCCUGAUGCUCAAGCGUAUCAGCGAGGGUUUCGCCUGCGACAGAGAUGCAACUGUGACGGCUCAGUACAUCAUUCAGGGAACAGAACUGAAAGAGGAACAGACGGUCCUUAACUUCUUCUACCUGGUGCUGUCCAAAGGUGAAACUGUGCGUCAUGGUUCUGUCCCAGUGAACGUCACAACAGGAACUGUCAACAAAGGGGAGCUGACCGUCAGACUGAGUGAGGUGAUAGACCUCGCCCCUGUUGCCCAGGUGAUUGUUUACUCUUUGAUGGCCAAUGGGGAGAUGGUGGCAGACAGCCAGGACUUCCCCAUUCAGCUCUGCCUCAGUAACAAGGUGUCCCUGAAGUUCUCGUCCGUUCAGCAGCUCCCAGCAGAGCAGACCACGCUGACACUGAAGGCCAACCCCAAGUCCCUGUGCUCCGUCAGAGCCAUCGACCAGAGCGUUUUACUGCUGAAGCCAGAGCAGGAGAUCACCGUUGACUUUGUGUUUAACCAGCUGCCGGUCCAGAAGCUGUCAGGGUACGACUACGAGGUGGAAGACUUCGAUCCGUUCCGCUGUUUCCCCGGCGUGAUCCCCAGGCCGAUUCCUGAUUUCCAGCCUGUUCCUGAAGUUGAAGUCGCUCCGACACCAAUCGUCGACGUCAACGUUCGAUCAAAGCGCUCGCUCUUCCUCCCUCCGUUCUAUCAGAAGAUAGACGUCUACAGCAUUUUUAAAGACAUUGGAGUCAAAAUUGUGACAAACUCAGAUGUGAAAAAACCUUACGACUGCUUCGUGUUCAAGUUCAACGAAGUAGGCUUGGCUGGACCUGUUGUCUUCAGCAUGGCAUUGGCUAGAGGUGGAGAAGCUAGAGGUCCAGAGGAGCAGAAAAAGAAGACAGUCAGAACAGAGUUUCCUGAGACCUGGAUCUGGGAUCUUAUUACUGUGGGAGACGGCGGGUCGGCGAGCCUUCAGAAGACCAUCCCUGAUACCAUCACCAAAUGGGCAGCCAGCGCCUUCUGUGUCUCCCCUACUGGUUUCGGCGUGUCGCCCAACACCGGGCUCACCGCCUUCCAGCCGUUCUUCGUCAGCCUCACCUUGCCCUACUCCGUCAUCAGAGGGGAGGUGUUCACACUGAAAGCCACCGUCUUCAAUUACCUCUCCCAGUGCAUAAUGGUCAAAGUAACUUUGGCUGAGUCUGACCAAUUCACCUUCAGAGACUGUGAAGGCUGCCAGUACAGCAUCUGUCUGUGUGGAGAGGAGAGCAAGACCUUCUCCUGGAUUGUGACUCCAACUGCUCUAGGCGACGUGAGCCUGAGGGUCAGCGCCGAGGCUCUGAGGACCCGCGAUCUGUGCGGUAACGAGGUAACCACGGUGCCAGACGUGGGCCGAAUCGACACGGUGGUCCGCACGCUCCUGGUGGAGGCUGAAGGAACGCCUCAGAUGAAGAGCCACAACGCCCUGCUGUGUCCUGCAGAUGGUCCAGUGGAGAAGAAAAUCUCUCUCCAGCUGCCUGAAGUGUUUGUGGAGGGGUCAGCCAGAGCGUCCGUCUCUGUCCUGGGUGACCUGAUGGGCCGGGCCCUUCAGAAUCUGGACAGGCUGCUGGCCAUGCCAUACGGCUGUGGGGAGCAGAACAUGGUGCUGUUCGCUCCAAACAUCUUCAUCCUCAACUACCUGAAAAGCUCCGGUCAGCUGACCGAGACCAUCCUGGAGAAGGCCAGGCGCUUCCUGGAGAGCGGAUAUCAGAGGGAGCUCAACUACAAGCAUGACGACGGCUCCUACAGCGCCUUCGGGAACAGCGACCCCUCUGGAAACACCUGGCUCACUGCGUUUGUGAUGAAGUCGUUUGGCGGAGCCAGAGAUCACAUCUAUGUGGACCCACAGCACAUCAAGGACGCCAGGACCUGGCUGACCGGACUGCAGAAGAGUGACGGCUGUUUCACAUCUGUUGGGAAACUCUUCCACAACAGCAUGAAGGGAGGAGUGAGUGACGACGUGUCUCUGACAGCUUACAUCGUCGCCGCUUUGCUGGAGCUGGACGGCGUCGCCUCGGACCCCGUGGUCCAGAAGGGCCUGAGUUGUCUGAAAGAUGCUGUGGCUGGGGAGUUUGACAACCUGUACACCACGGCCCUGAUGACCUACACCUUCAUUCUGGCUGGAGAUCAGGAGAUGAGGAGCAAACUCGUCACCGUUCUGGACCAGAAGGCCAAGAAGGACGGUGGCUCUGUUCACUGGGAGCAAGUGGGAUCUUCUGACGCUGUGGAAGUGGAGAUGACCUCCUACGUGCUGCUGGCCCUGCUCCUCUCUCCUCCUCUGGAGGGUUUCAGUCUGGACUACACCUCUGGCAUCAUCCGCUGGCUCGCUCAGCAGCAGAACCCGUACGGCGGCUUCUCCUCCACGCAGGACACAGUGGUGGCCCUCCAGGCUCUGGCCAGGUACGCCGAAGCCACCUACAGCCCACAGGGAACGACCACGGUGACGGUGACGUCCGCGGGCGGCUUGAGGAAGGAGUUCACUGUGACGCAGAGCAACAGGCUACUGUACCAGGAGGAAGAGCUGAGCGAGGUUCCUGGAGAGUACACCGUUAGAGCCGAGGGACAAAGCUGCGUGCUGACUCAGAUCUCUGCCCACUACAACAUCCCUCCACCUGACGACUUCUCAGCCUUCACCAUCACCAAGAGCGUCGAACCCAGAUGCAAACUCAGCCGGCCACAGCUCCACCUGGUGGUUCAUGUCAGGUAUCAGGGCAGGAGAGACGAGACCAACAUGGUCAUCAUCAACAUCAAGCUGCUGUCUGGAUACGUUCUGGACCAGAACUCCCUGCAGCUGCUGAAGGACGAGCGAUCGGUGAAGCGCGUGGACUCAGACGAAGGAUUCCUCAACAUUUACCUGGACGGGCUGAAAAAGGACGAGCCUCAGACGUGCAAGGUGACUCUGGAGGAGGAUCAGCGGGUCAGGAAUCUGAAACCAGCUGUGAUUAAAGUCUACGACUACUACCAGCCGACUGACCAGGCUGCCACUGACUACACAUCCCCCUGUGCUGAGAGUGACAGUGACAACAAAGUGUAAUUCCUCCUUCCACCAGCAGGACAGAAUUAACAUCUGAAUGAAGUACUGUGUGACGUCUAGGAUUAUUGUUUUGAAACUCUUUAUGUUAAGUUGGGAUCUGAAUCUACUUUGGGUAAUGUUAGAUACUUUAACUCCUAGUUUAUCAGGUUUUAUUCUCUUUUAUUGUGGGUCACAUGCUGAGCAUAUAUAUUUUUCUUUUUGUUGGUGGUGACCAGCAUUGGUCCGAACAGUUUAUGUCUCUGCUCAACACUGGAACAGUCACACUAUUACACACUGGAUACAACAGACAGCAUGAGUGUUUGCUGAUAGUCAUUUUGUUUUUUAUUAAUAGAUCUGACAGAAAUCCACAUUAUUCAUACAUGAAAGUGACACAUGACACAGUAACACAGCAUGGUCAGAGUGCUGAUCGUGUCCGAGGGGAACAUCAGGGUCCAGUCUUAAUGGUGAUGGCUGAUUUAUUCUGUGUACACGUACCUGCACAAGUGUUGUACCAGUAAAAAACAAAAAAAACAAAAAAAAGCUAUUCAUACGUGACUAUUGUACAAUUUCAAAUGCAAGCUGCAAUAAAAGUUCUGAAAUGACAAAAA